GUUGUAUACCAAAAAGAGAAUCUUUAAUUCAUAAUUAUUAUGCAUUAGAAAUGUAAUUGGUUAAUUAACUAAAAUUUAAAAUGUAAAACAAAACCAGAUGAAAACCUGGAACAAUGGCCCCCUUGUUGGUGGGAAGGUGUUAGAGCACGAUAGCACCAUUCUAAUACUCCCAUAGAGAGUUGAUGCUCUUCUUGGAGCAUCAUUGCUCUCAGAGGAGCACCAGGGAGAAUCAAACUUGGUUCUGCCAGGGAACACGAGCAACAAUCCUCAUUUUGGAGCUGCACCUUUUUGGGAGUUAGGAACCACCCAGAUUUGGUCUCAAGUAAGGAACCAUAGCAAAGGGGUUUGAAAUGGCAUGGAUUGACAAAAAAUUAGGAUAAGGAUAAAUUAGAUGGUUUCACAAUGUGCAGCAUUGAUCUAGGAUGGUCCCAUAGUUAUGGAGUGAUUUAAUUUGCAUUAAAGAAACUAAGAGGGUUGUAGGUGAAAGAUUUGGUAGGAAAACUUCAAGAGUAUACAGAUUUUUUUAUUGGUAUGCAUCAUAUAAUUUAUGCUGUAAGCAGUUUUUUUAAUGGUAGAUUUUUUCUGCUAGUAGUCAAUUUACCCUUUGUUUUAAAAAGAGGUACUUGGUUGAAAAUAUUGCCAUUUCUGACCUCUCAAGCUCUCCCUGUAGACUUCUAGGAACCCUAUAACCAUACAACUAUGUUGGACAUACCUUGUUUAUUUCUUUUUUUACCUGAAACUUUUACCUGCUAAGCUUGGGACAUGAUCACAAAGCCAUGUGACAGAGAAUUAUUAAAAGAGACAAAUAUACCUGCUUUCUUUAGCAGGGCAGUGGGGAGAUAUGACGUCUUAUGGUGUUAUUGAAAUAACUUAGAGUCUUUGCUUGGUGGAUGUAAAGGUUUGUCAUGAUAGACAGACUACCUUCUGUUCAGGUUGCACUUUCUACUUUGGAUACCUAAGUAAACCAAUACCACAUUCAAAGUUUCUCUCAAAAUAAUAGAAACCAAAAGUUUUCCUGUGCUUGUUAGUUGAUUCCUCUUUUGUCUCCUCUAUUUAUUGAAGUCUGACCAUGCUAGAUAUUGACACUGACACACUGCUCAAGAAGGAGUUGGUUACUCUAGAUGAGGCUCUGAAAAUUGCAAAUAAUGCUGCUUUACUAGCCCUAAACACAAUCUCGGUCCUCGUAUCUGAGACUUACAGAAGAAAAAUUGAUGUUGUUCACAAAAAUGCCAAAGAAAUCAACGUUUCAGAAGUUGUGAAUAUCCUUGGCAGAUAUGGAGAAGCAAAAAUUGGAUUUGGAGCUGCAUAUGAUAUUAGUGCUUCAAUUUCACAAGCCAUAUAUGAUUGCCCUUUCAUUGGUGCUGGCAUUAAGAGCCUUUAUGAUCCUGUUUGGAUUGUUGAUCCCAAAAGGGAAGACAUUUAUGGGAGGCUGUGCAGUGCUAAAAAGGACUUGGAUGGCAUGGUUAUAUGUGUUCUUGCAAGUUCAAAAGCUAUCAGCAGCAAUGAUGUGCAAGCCUUUUUGCAUGUUUUUCGUCAAACUACAGAGUAUAUGAGGGAAAUCAUUAUAUCUGUAGUUCAUGAACCUAAGCUGGAGCCUAACUUACUAGUCACAACAGUUGUUAUCAUUGGUUGUCUUCAACAAGAAUCUUCUCCAAAAAGCAGCAUCUUCUCUAGACUGGCCCAGCAUUUCCCCUUUGUUUCCAAUCUUCUAAAGAUAAAAUAUAAACAGCCAAAUGAUGCUUAUGGAAAUGAUGUACUCAAAAAUGCAUCCCCAACAUACUCCACUGAAAUGGAAAACAAAAUAGCUGUAGAAGGCCCAUCUAAAACCUUGGACAAUUACACUGAAGAAAUGCAGACUUUACAAAGCAGCAACUAUGACAAUAUCUACAUUUUGAGAAAUCACGAUAAUGGCUCUGAUGAAAGUGAGGUCGAGUUAUUAGAUGGCAGGACUGACUCCCCCAGUUAUUAUGAUGAAAUUGCUGAAGGCGAUCCCACUUUCCAGCGAGGGGCAUUGAGUAACUGGAACUUGGGUCCAGGGCAUAUGAUAGCAAAGGAGUGGGCCAAAGAACGGGCAGCUGACUCUGCAGCUACUUCAGUGUGUGACAACCUGAGCAUCUUCAGCCUGCCUGUUGGAGUAAGGCCUUCACAAGAGAUGGAAGAUAGUGUUAGCACCUUACUUGCUACAGAACACAAACAACCAAAAUCUGAGGCUGAUGUUGGAGCCCAAUCUCCAGGUAGUUCAAGUAUGUCUUCUUGGGGUGCAUUCACUGAUGCAGGUUUUGAAGCAGUCAGGGAAUUUUAUAGUAAUGCAUCUACACUCUUAAAAGGGAGGACUGAUGUUCCUAAGAAGCAGGGUGUUGUUUCUGCUCGCGCAGCCUCUAUGCUGGAAGCUGAACGAGAUGCACCAAAAAAGUGGAAUCCUGUUGUGGAGAUUCAGUAUAGAGGAGGAAUAUACAAGGGGCAUUGCCAAGGAGGUCUUCCUGAAGGAAAGGGUCAACUGGUAUUGGGGGAUGGAAGCAUGUAUGACGGCAUGUGGCGUUAUGGUAAGAGAUCUGGUCUGGGUACAUUUUACUUCAGCAAUGGAGAUGUAUUCCAGGGAUCGUGGAGAGAUGAUCUGAUACAUGGCAAGGGUUGGUUUUAUUAUCACACUGGAGACCGGUGGUUUGCAAAUUUUUGGAAGGGAAAAGCUAACGGUGAAGGCCGUUUCUAUUCUAAGUCUGGUGAUGUCUUCUUUGGCCAUUUUGAAGAUGGAUGGCGGCAUGGCCGCUUCCUUUGUAUUAAUGUUGAUGGAGCAAGGUGCAUUGAGAUCUGGAAUGAAGGUUUUCUUGUGAGCCGUGAGCAACUGGACGCAGACUCUGUUUCUAGGUAGAUCCUUCUUUCUCCUUUUUUUUUUUUUUUUUUGGAUAUAGCCAUUAGGUUUUUUUCCUCCUAAUAGGUUUUGUAGACCCUUCAUGCCAGUUUACACUAACUUUUGUUGUAAAUUUUUUCUUGCUUUUAAGUUGAGAAAUUUAUGUUUCGUUUGAUGCAUGAAAAAUCGUUUUAUAAAUUUCUUAUCUUAAU